GUCUGAGACCGGCUGCUAGAGAAGCUCGUUAAGGAAGAGUCUCCUCCCCAUUAUAAGAUCUCCGUCAUAGGAGCUGGUCCAGUCGGCAUGGCACGUGCCAUCAGUGUUUUAAUCAGAUUAACUGAUGAUCAACUUGCCCUUGUAGAUGCUGAUGAAAACAUAGUAAAGGGACAGAUGAUGGAUCUUCAACAUGGCAGCCAAUUCAUUAACAUGCCAAAGAUUGUCUCUGGCACAGACUACAAAGUGACUGCAAACUCGAAGCUGAUUAUCAUCACGGCUGGUAUAUGCCAGGAAAAGACACAAAGUCAGCUUGACUUGGUUUAUGGAAAUGUGGAAAUUUUUAAGUCAGUGAUUCCAAGUAUUGUCCAGUACAGCCCCAACUGCAUAAUACUUAUUGUUAGCAGUCCAGGGGAUGUUUUAACUUAUGUCGCCUGGAAGUUAAGUGGUUUUAGCAUAUACUGCAUCAUUGGAAGUGGCUGUAACCUGGACACUGCCCGUUUUCGUCUCUUAAUUGGGGAGAAGAUGGAUAUCCACUCUAAUAGUUACCAUGGGUGGGUCCUUGGAGAGCAUGGAGACAGUUCUGUGCCUGUGUGGACUGGGAUUGCUGGUGCUUCUCUGAAGAGUUUGAACCUGGAUGUAGGAACCAGUAAAGACAUGGAGCAGUGUGGAAAUCUCCACAAAAAGUUGGUUGCAAGUGCUUAUGAUGUGAUCAAACUUAAAGGCUGUGCUUCCUGGGCUAUUGGCUUGUCUGUGGCAGAUCUGACAGACACUAUUAUGAAGAAUCUUAAGAAGAUACAUUCAGUUUCUACUAUGAUUAAGGGCUUGUAUGGAAUAAAAGAAGAGGUCUUCCUCAGUGUCCCUUGUGUUUUGGGGAAGGAUGGUAUUUCAGAUAUUUUGAAGAUAACUAUGAAUCCUGAGGAGGAGGCUCUUUUAAGGAAGAGUGCAGAUAAUAUCUGGGAAAUCCAGCAAGAACUGAAGUUGUAAAGUCAUUUAAUAUCCCAUCAUUAGAGAAAAGGAUUUGGACAUGCUUAACUUUUUGUCAGUUAAAUUUUUUAUUUGACCUCUAAUUAAGCACCAAAUGUAAAGCAGAAAUAUAAAUACUAUGAAGAAACUCCAGUCUCCCAAAGUUAGAAAUAGGCAAUGGUAAGGUAGACUUCUAUUCAUUUAUAUUGUUUGCAUCUCAAUGUUGGACAUUAUCUUUUAGAGUCAUUUAAGUGAUUGGUGAAAAGUAGAUUAAGAAAAGAAAAAGAAAAGAAAAGUUUUAAUUCCCUACCUUGAAUGUACUGCAUUUGUUCCAGAAGAAUCUCUGAACUUGUUAUUUUUGUUAGAGAAAUUUCUGGUUAGUUCCUUGACAAAAACCAUCAGCUCCAUUAAUCGAGUUAGCAUACAAACACACCUUUCUCAUACCUGCUUCUGGUCUGUAUAGGAUUUUAUGUUCUAUGUAUCCAGGUCAGGUUAUUUACAUAUAUGAAAUAUAUGAGGUUUUUUAUGCUCGGAUAAAUUUAUACAAAUACCUUUUCUAAAUAUCAAACCAGUAAGAUCAAAUAAACGAAGAGCUCUGGAGCUCUGAUGAAUUACUUAAAUUUGAAUUUUCCAGCCUUUGCCAUUUGUUAGUUCUAUGACCUGAGAAAAAUUGCUUUACCUCUUGGGAUUUCCUUUGUAAAAUGUGAACUAGAUGAAUUUUAAGAAUCCUUUCCAGUCUGCUCACAUUUUGUGAUUUUCUUUUAGGUGAAAAACAUAACUCCCUUAUUAGGUUGAGAUAGUCAUUAAUUUGUAUUACAUCUUUUUAAUCCUUUGCAUUGGAGGGGUUUAACAAAGAAUUGGAGGAGUAAACAGUCUGCUUAAAUUAAUUCUUAGCAUUUGCUUUUUCUCAAUCAUUUUGGUUAUAUUCCUUCAGGUUGUGGGGGUGGGAGAAAGGAGCUCUUCUUUCACUGGAACAGAUCCCAACAUUAGGUAGCUUGAAUUGUCCUUCCCAGAAAAUAAUAUUUUAUGGCCAUCCUGGCAAAUCAAAUUGUCAAAUUUAGCAACUGGCAGGUCCUAUACAUCAUGUACUUGUGCUUAAAGACUUUUAAAACUUUCAGGAUCUUCUGGUUCCCCAAGGGCAGAAUCAUUAAGAACCCCAAGAUCCUUUUUUUAUAUAUCAUGGUAAAAACCUGACUAUUAUAUUAUUACAUUUAAUUAUUCUGCCCAAUGAGUUAUGCUAAUGUUGCAUAAACUGAAAAAUAAAAUGCCAAAUUUCUGCAGCACUCUGAAAUUCCCCUAAUGGUCUAACAGAAGAUUCUGCCUUUUAUUCACAUAAGUCUUGUUUAAAUAGUGAAGAGCCCUUAUAGAGACAUAUUGUCUGUCCUGUUUAUUCUGCAACUAAGCUCAGAAUUUUAAGUGACUUGUAUAUAGCUAUCAUGAAUUUGAGGUUCAGCUUAAAAUGAUGAAAUAGGUGGGAUCGGCAGAGAAGUAUGGAGUACUGAUAAGAUUACUCCUCAAGGCAAACAGAGAAAGGCCCUGAUGGAGAGUAGUUCAAUCUUAUAGGCCCACCCCCUGGAGAGGUUCUGGGUAACCUCACAUUACUGCAUCCAAUCAGAAAGUCAAGUUAUGUUGAACCCCCGAGGUUAAAUUUCCCCCUUAAGUCUGCCCAUGGCCCAGGCCAACUCUGCUGAGUUCUUUUUGGGUUGCCCUGCCAGUAUCUUUCUCCUUCCUCCUCCCCCAUCCCUCACACGGCGUCUUUCUCCUUGUAUAAUUAACUCUUUUAGGGUGCUCAAUCCCAUUUUGGUUUUAGCCUGCUAGACAAUGGUGUACUCCACCUCAUGGAGUAUUAUUAAGAUGGUGGCAGAACAAACAUACUGUGAAAAUUUAAUUGACAGGACCUAGUAAUCAAUUUACAUCCUAUAACGUGUCUCAUGUUUAAAGGAUAACCCAAGGCCACAAAUUUAUAUGAAAUUGGGUCAAUGUCUAGAGGUAGAGGUAGCCAAGUGGAUUGAGUGCUGGGCCUGCAGUUAGAUAGAAGCAAUUUUAAAUUUUGCCUCACUAGCUUCUACCUUGCUGUUUAUUAGUUGUGACCCUGGGCAAGUCACUUAACCUGUACCUGUCAGUUUCCU